AUGGAGGUCCUCGAAUCGGUGCUGGCCGAGUUCAUCGGCUACAUUAAGUCGAAGCACUCACGGAUGGACCAGCGCCGGGGCCUCCUGCGCCAGCUGGUGCGCGUGGUGGUCGACGCCGCCGAGGGCGGCGCGGGGGCGGCCGUGCGGGACGAGUCGUUCUCGGCCUCGCUGCAGGUGCCCCGAUCCGAGGCGCUGCGGGGGCAGGAGGUGCUCGAUGCCGCGGCCGUCGCCAGCUCCGCCCGCCGCUUCCUCGCGGCGCUCUUUGUCUGCAACGCCGAGGUGGACCGCCUCACGAAGGCCGUCGAGGACGACAUAUUCGUCAGGGUCCUCAGCAUGGACGCCGCCCGGGCCGCCGCCACGGAGGACGACAUGGACGUCGACAGGGACGCCGCCCGGGCCGCCGCCACGGAGGACUACAUGGACGUCGACGGGCGCCCGGAGCCCGGUGCUCGCCACCGGAAGGAGGGGAGCGACCGCAGCUGCGCGUCCGCGGGCUCCGUCGCGGCCCUCCUCCCCUCGCCUGGCGCCAAGAGAAAACGCGUGUGUGGCGGCGGCGAGGUCGACACGGUGCAGCCGCAGAAGCGGCGGCUCCUGGCGUGGACGCGGUCGCACCAGCGGCUCCGGUCCGGCUUCGGCAGGGUCUCCUCCGCAGCUCGUAAGCCGCCGCCGGCGGCGUUGCCUCGCUCGCGUCCUGCUCGGACGGUGGCAUUGGCGUAUUCUAGGUUUCGACGCCGCAUCGGAAGGCCGACGACGACGAGGCACCGGCCGCAGCCCAGUCUCGGACAACACUUCUCGCGGAUUACGUUGUAG